GAGCUCUCGAAUGUUUGGUUUGGGUCAGGUUCCGAUUUCGUGGCUUUGCAACUCUAUUCAGAAUAUCCUUCCUUCGUUCCCUUCCAUAUCCAAUACAGCUUCUUUUUCUCCUACAUGUUUGAUACAUUGCAAUCAGUGCGAAAGUUGUGAAACGUAAACAAACCCUCGUCCUCUCUCCUAGUGGACACACAAGGAUCCCCAGGAGUCUUCUGGGCGUUUCAAGCAGCGUGACGUCGCUUCAACCUUCCACCAGCUCCGAUUUCAUCUCCCGACUUUCUCAACUUCGAACCUCCAAAUCUCCGGUCCCGAAAUCUGAACAAGUCUGAAAACUCGAGGUCUCAGUGCUUCACAACUCAGCAAGAAGAAAGGAACUUUCCGUUGGUCUUGGGAGCUUCAGCGCAGGGAUGACGACGCCUGUCGAACCCGCCACCCGCAAGAGGGUCCUGAAAGUCAUAUUCUUUUCUUUGUUGCUUGACUUGGUACGUACUAUCUGGCACCACCCAUGGGAUCGCGAAAGCUCAAGAACUAGGAAGACUAACUAUAAUGACAAACAGAUAUCAUUUACUUUUAUUCUUCCAUUAUUCCCAAAGCUCCUCGAAUUCUACCGCAACGUCGAAGCUCCCCUCGACCCUUCGGCCCCACCAUCCAAGACCCUUCUCUCCAGUGUCUUGGGCUACCUUAACACUUACAAGGCUUCCUUUGCGCGACCAAUUGACUCGCGAUAUGAUAUUGUCCUGCUCGGCGGCGCCUUGGGGAGUCUCUUUUCUCUCCUCCAAGCCAUCGCCUCACCCAUAAUCGGCCACUUCUCCGAUCGCUAUGGCCGCCGUACCGCUCUGCUCCUCAGUAUGACGGGCAACAUCCUCUCGGUGCUCCUCUGGGUCAUGGCCACCGACUUCCGCACCUUCCUCGCCUCGCGCAUCGUCGGCGGCCUCUCCGAGGGGAACGUACAGCUCGCCACGGCCAUCGCAACCGACAUCUCGGACCCUUCCAAGCGCGGCUCGACCAUGGCCCUCAUCGGCGCCUGCUUCUCCAUCGCCUUCACUUUCGGUCCUGCACUGGGCGCCUGGCUGAGCUCGUUCAGCACCGUGGCAGCCAACCCGUUCGCGACGGCCGCCGGUGUCUCUCUGACUUUGAUCGUCGUCGAGACGCUAUACCUCUACUUCUGUCUGCCCGAGACACUGCCAGCUCUGACCCAGAAGACUGAAAGUACCGGCGCUCAGGUCAAUGGUACAGAAGCCGAAAAGAAGAAACCAGCAACCACCCCAGCCGCCAACCCCACCGCAGUCCAGCGCACAAACUCCCACUUCCUCCUCAACCUCACCCACUUCUCCUUCCUCCUCUUCUUCUCCGGCAUGGAAUUCUCCCUCCCCUUCAUGACCUACGACCUCUUCGGCUACGACUCCGCCAAGAACGGUCGUCUCCUCGGUUUCGUGGGACUAAUCGCAUCCCUCCUCCAAGGCGGCGUCACGCGUCGCCUGCCCCCUCUCCUUUCUGUGAGGAUCGGCGUCGUCGCUUGUCUCCUAGCUUUCAUCAUGCUCGGCCGGAUCACCUCUGUCCUUGGCCUCUACGGAGCGGCGGCCUUGCUCGCUACCACCUCGGCGACGGUUGUCACGGGUUUGAACGCCUUGAGCAGCUUUGAGUCACACGAGGGCGAGCGCGGGGGCAAGUUGGGCAUGUUGAGGAGCUGGGGACAGCUUGGGAGGGGACUGGGGCCGGUGUUGUUUACGAGUGUUUAUUGGUGGGCGGGGAGGGAGGUUGCGUAUGGGAUUGGCGCUUUGGGCAUGUCGUGGGUGGCCUUGUUGGUUUUGUAUACGCUUAAGACGCCGCCGGGGUCGGAGAGGGUGAAGACGGCCAAGGUGGCGGGUAGUGAGAAAAAGGAGUUGUAAUAUGGUGAGCAUUGCGUUUUCGGCGUGUUUUGUAUAUGAGGGGCAAAAGCUGCCUGCACAUACUUGUGGAAUUAACUGCUCGAUUGGGAUACAUAAGUUUGGGUGUAUUGAAGGAUAGAAUAUCACUAUGUUUGUAUAAUUUUGAGCAAUUGUCUAUGAAGCAUCGAUUCUCGUUC